UGGGCAGGGCCAAUCCAAGCUCCAGCCUUCUGCCACCCAUUGGACUCCCUCGUUCCGUCACAAGAGGGAGCAGAACCACGACAAACUCACCUCUCGGCCACCACUGUUUCCCUGCGCCCACUCCGACGCAGCAAAGAUGGGGUCCGAUCCGCAGUACGCAAAAUGGCCACUGCUGCCGCUCGCGCAGCAUGUCUUCGCCCUCACCAACUCGUACGCUGGCCAGGCCGGCCAGCAGGCCGCGGCCAAGAGCCUCCAGGACGCCAUCGCCGAGCACAAGAUGGCCCCGCUCUACAGACACCUGGCCCACCCCAUCGAGGGCAUCCUUAAUGUCGCCGGCGAGGGUGGCGCCAGCGGCCCCGGCAAGCCGCUGAGCCGGAAGUCGAGCGGCGUGGGCAUGAUCUCUACCAGCCGUGCCGCUGCGGGGAGCAUGACCCUACCCUGGGACGAGGGUCUCUACCAGAAGCUCAAACAGGACAACGACGCCGAGCUGGAGGGCUUCCAGAAGGAGGAGGACGAGGCCGUCGAGAAGGCCGGCGAGACUGAGAUCCAGGCUGCGAGGGGCAAGAGGGCUGAUUUCUGGGCCAGGGUUGGUGACAAGGAGAAAGCCAUCGCCGCUUACGAGCUUGUGUUCGAGAACACCGGAGUUCUGGGCACCAAGAUCGACCUUGUGCUGGCCAUAAUCCGCAUGGGGCUCUUCUACGGCGACAAGCAGCUGGUCAAGAAGCAGGUCGAGAGGGCCAAGACGCUGGUCGAGUCGGGCGGCGACUGGGACCGGCGCAACCGGCUCAAGGCCUACGAGGGGCUGCACCUGCUGACCUUGCGCUCGUAUAACCUUGGUGCGCCGCUGCUGCUCGAUAGUUUGUCGACCUUUACAUCAUACGAGCUGUGCACCUACAGCAACUUGGUUGUCUACUCGGUUCUUGCCGGCUCCGUCAGCCUUAAGCGCGUUGACUUUAAGUCCAAGGUCGUCGAUGCUCCCGAAAUCAAGGCCAUCCUUGGAGACGGCGAGGAUAAGCUGUUGGCACUGACGGGUGCCCUGUCUGCUGGGCCGGGCGCCGAUGCCGAGAUGGGUGACUCGUCGGCCUUGGCCGAGGGUGCUGCGGCCCCGAGCAAGGCGGCCGUCGUCAACCUGACGACCCUGGGCCAGUCUGGAUCUGAGCAGCCCGACGCCGAGACCGCUGUUGACUUCUCGCCGCUGGCCCAGCUCGUCAGCAGCCUGUACACGGGCAACUACAAGAUGUUCUUCCAGGCCCUGGCCCUGGUCGAGGAGCAGUUCCUCACCCAGGACCGCUACCUGCACGAGCACAAGAACUGGUUCGUUCGCGAGAUGCGCCUGCGGGCCUACCAGCAGCUGCUGCAGAGCUACCGCGUCGUCGGCCUUGAGAGCAUGGCCAACGACUUUGGCGUCACUGUUGAGUUCCUGGACCGCGACCUUGCCAAGUUCAUCGCCGCUGGCCGGAUCCCGUGCACGAUCGACAGGGUGACGGGCAAGGGCAUAAUCGAAACCAACCGCCCAGACGACAAGAACAAGCAGUACCAGGACGUUGUGCGGCAGGGUGACCAGCUCAUCACCAAGCUGCAGAAGUACGGCCAGGCCGUGAGGUUGAGAGGAAGCGAGAGGGCGUGAGGGUUUGCUGGCUAGAACAGGUAUCGUGAAGAUAUAUAACUGUCUGUCCACAGACUUGCUCCUUUGAUGGCGACUCCAUUGGGGGUGUUUGUCGUGAUAGGCAACACGAACAAAAAAGGCGUAAAAUUUCUCGGAUCCUAAUCCAUCAUGCUGGCCAGACAAGUAAACCCGAGGCCACAAGCUUUGAGGAGGGCGAUGUGGCAUGCUUGGUGUUAUCCGUCUUUGUCGUAUAUCCGGGGUUAAACCCUUGCGGGAUGACCUAGCAAACGAUACAUCGAGCAAGUGGCACAAGUGGAUGGCUGAGAGGGUCUAGGUGGACACGAAUUUUGUGAUAAUGCCAUGAGGACGUUGCUCACUUUACUAGAUUUGGUGAGAAAUUACAACUACUGCCUCGGUCCUUGUUUCUCAUGAUAACCCAAGAUUGUAUUUUAUGUGUACCUAUAUGAAAAACGCCCAGUGUCCCGACCAAAAACACCCCAUCAUCCGUCUACUGACCUACUCUCAGCCCCAAAAUCAAGCAAUGAAACAAAAGGCAGGCACAAAAGACCGGCUCAGCCGCCCAACCAUCAUCUGUAC